UCCCCUCCCCCGAGACCCCCCCACAGGAACCUCAUAACUCUGUGAGUGGGGGACACCUCCUCCCUUGAGAGCCCAGUACUGGAAAAUUUUGCAGGAAACACUUCCCAUGCAGCACCCCCUUCCCCAUGGGAGAACCUGGCCUCCCCCAGCCUACAACUCCUAGAUCCUUUCCAUCUCCCCUCUGGGGGAUCUCCAGAUUCUAUACAGUCUACCCCUGCAGGGCCCACCCCCCUGCUCCUCUACAGCCCAGGUUAUCUGCACCCCUCAGAUUGUCUACAAUCUACCCCUGCAGGGAUCCCCCUCUAGAAAUUACACAUCCUCCCCCCCGCCCCAGAUUCUCCUCUGCAGGCACCCCAUCCUGUGCAGCCCUCUUCUGUAGGCACCCCCGCUUGAUGCUACAUCCCCCAAAGAUCCUAUCCAGCUACCCUUGGAAGGAUCCCCCUUCAAUCCUAUUCAUCCCCCCUUUAGAUCCCAUAGGCACCCCCCACAGGAGGUUGGAGGGGAGACCCUGACCUCUUGCAGGCUUCCCCUUAUAGGGUGAAGGGGACCCCAGCAAGAGGAACCCCCUUUGCAGGCAUCCCAGGUCCCCACAUACCUCAAUAUCUCACCUGGCUACAGGGAAAGGGGGACCCCAAGAACCUAUAGGAACUCCGAAGCUGUCAUCCCAGGGAAAGGAAGAAUCCCUGUUGGUGAGAGUGGAUGGGGAGCCCCAGGAUUUUGGAGCGACCCUCCAAAAUAACACAAUCCCUCCAGUGGGAGGGCACCCAGUAAUAGACACAGGAAUCGCUCUGUAACAGCACCUCCAAAUCACCCAAGCAGACCCCCCAUUGUGGGGUGCACUGGACUGAGACCACUCAGCAAGAGGCACAGCUUCCCUCCCCAAAUCUCACCCAUGGGCAGGAGAGGAGCUGGGAGGGUGCACCCCAAAACCCCAUGUGCCCCUCCCAUCUCUCCCCAUGGACAGGCCAGCAGCCCCCCACAUGUUCAUAGAUAGACCCCCCCCAACUUAUCUUCCUACAGGGUCAGAAGCCAGUGCUGGGAGCCCCUAGAGAAAGCUAGUGCACCCCAAAAUUCUGUGCACCCCAAACCAUCCCCCCACAAUGCUGUGACUCCCCCCAUGAGAGCAAGGUGUAUCCCCAAAUCGUAUGUACCUUAACGCAUCCCUCCACAGUGCUGGGGCACCCCAAGGAGAGCUAGGUGCACCUCAAAAUCAUAUGCCCCAACCCAUCUCCCACGAUGCUUGUACCCGGGCCCUUCUCACACAGCUCCCGAGGGAAGAGUGGUGGUGGGGAGGGGGACAGGGAUUGCAGCCCCUCCCAGAUACACCCUCAAUACAAGAAGGAGGGGGUGUCUUGGUGACCUUCCGCCUUGCCCCAUGAGGGGAGGGGGGGCUGUUCCCAACUCUCUCCCUUUGUUGUGAAAUGUGAGACUCCCCUUCCUCCAUCCCCAGCUCUCUGGCAUCCAGGUGAUUUCACCUUCCAGCCGGUGCUGGUGUCCCACCGGGGGGCAGCUGGGUCCCACGAGGCUGGGGCUUGGUGCAAACCCCCGGGGCUGGAGAUGCGGCCUGGGACAGCUGGAUCUCCAUGUCGCAGCUCCUUGUACCCUGCCGCAUGGCGGGGAGGCCGAUGCCUGACCGAGAGGGGGUGACUCUGAGACCCUGCAACGAAUUUAGCGCUGGGUCUCUGCUGCCUUCCCUAGGUCUGUGGGGCCAGAGCCUAGGCUGGGGGAGAUUGGCACAGCCUCAGAGACUCCAGUGGAGCGACGCUGAUUGACCCCAGCUGAGGAUCUGGUUCAUAGCCUGUGUUAUACAGCACCACCCGACGUGCGGGGUCUCGGGCUCUGGCCAUGCGGGCUCGGAGGGCCCCCCUCUGGCUGGAAUCAGUCCUGCUGGGACUCUGCCAGGGGGAUGGGGAACUCUUGGUUUCCUGGGAAACUUUCCUACAUGUGGUGCAGCCUGGGGACCCCGGGAAAGUUUGUGCAACGAGGUAAUUGAGCAGUCAGGAGGGUCAGGAGCUUUCAGUGCUGUUAAACUCACUGGCCCUUGAGUGAGAGGCAGGCCCUGCCCCCAGGAGCUGGCAGUCUGACUGUAUAAAGGGGAAAAUGAGGCACGGGGCGAGGAAGGGACUCGCCUAGCAAGCCGGAGCUGGUCUCUGAAGGCCCAGUCGGCUGGUCUACUCACUGGGCCACGCUUUCUCUCAUUGUUCUCUGGAUAUCAGCCUUCUUUAUGGUGAGGGCAAAGGCAGUAACUGGGUGUGUGUGUGACAGUUCUGGCGAACCCCCCGCCCCUGACGGUCCCUCUCUCCCCGCAGCGAGUCGGAUGGGAACCCUAGCACGGAGGACGAGUUGAGCCGGGGGCCAGAAGAGACGGAGCUGGCCGUGGGGAUGCCCGCCGUGCCGGAUGGGGCUGUUGCCUCCAAGAACCUCUUUUUGCCGGCACCCGCCGGGGCCUGCUCCGGGGCCUCGUCCAUCCUGUUCAACGGCAACUUCAUCACCACGUCCGGCCCGCAGGCCAUGCUGCUGAACGGCGGCUCCGUGCUUCAGGCACCGGGCGGGGUGCUCAUCAACGGGCUGGCGCUGGGCGACAGCCAAACCAUCACCCUGAGCCCCGUGGCGUCCACCCCGCCCGUGCUCCUCAACGGCGCCGCCCUGGGGGGGGCCAAGACCCCGCCUGGCGCCGGCCUGGAGUCACCAACGGCCUCCUCGGCCAGGCCUGACAUCAAGGCGGAAGCCGGGGAGGCGCUGCCCUCCCUGGUGCUCGGCCCGGGCACCGGGGAGGUGAAGACAGAGGAAAGCCAGGCCGUAAGGGCCCUGUCCGAGGUGCCCAUGCUCCUUCCCCUGCCCCCGGCCGCAUCCGACCCAAAGGGGGCGCUGCUUACCACGCCGGCCGGCUCAGUGCCGCAGGUGGUGCCGUCGGGCGAGGAAGCCCCCUGCCCAGCCCCAGCGCUCCCCCAGCCGGUGGCCUCUGGCUCCCAGAUUGUCUCCCUUUCCCAAGUGGUGCCUAGUUCUCAGCCCGGCCAGGCCCUGCCCGUGACAUCGCCUCCUCCGGCUGCCACCCCACUUCUCCAGGGCUCUCCCCUGCUGUCCUUCCCCGCCCUCACCUCGCCCAUCCCGGGGCCAGCUCAGGGCGCCCCAGUGCCCGCUGUAGUCCACGUCCCUGCCCCGCCCCUGAUCCCCAUCUCCCAGGUCUCGCCUCCCUCUCAAGUAGUGCCCCUGUCCCAGCCGGCAGCAGGCACCCCGGUGCUAUCCCCUCCCCAGAUGGUGCCGCUCUCACCCACCCAGGUGUACUCAGUGCCCCAGGGGGGCCCCGCCCCACAGCUGGUGUCGGUGCCCCAGGGGUCUCAGCUCAUCUCGCUCCCGCAAGUGGUGCCCACGUCGCAGGUGGUGACGCUGCAGCAGGGGGUGGGGCCGAUCCAGAUCCUAGCCAGUGCCGCCCCACUCAAGGUGGGGACUGCGCCAGCGGCCGGCGGGACCGUGGGGCAGAGCAACGUGCAACUCAUCAACGCCAACAUGGGCGUGACCACGCUGCAGCUGCCCGCUGGCGCGCCAGGGAACUUCCUCUUGACAAACCCAGUGCCGGGCGGUGGCACUAUCCUCACGGGCAUGACACUCCAGCAGGGCAAGCUUAUCCUGACUGCCACCUUCCCGGCCACCAUGCUCAUGUCCCCGGUGCUCUCCGCCCCCGCCAGCAGCCUGGCCCUGCCCAUCAAGCAAGAAACGGCGCCCCUAACCGGCACCAGCACCCCCAUCCCAGGGCCCGUGAACUCCGAGGGCGCCGGGGCGGGCCAACCGGCCUUGGCUUUCGGGGCGGACGGUGUGGCCGGCCGUCAGCCUGCCGUCCUCUCGAACUUCCCCCAGGAGGGCCUCGUGCUGUCCCCGCUGCCUCAGCCGGCGGCAUGGCCUGGCUCGGCGGGCAUGGAGAUGCAAGCAGCUGGCACCGAGGGGCUCUUCGAGAUGGAGAAGGGAGCAGUGGAGGUGCUGGAUGGCACGGAGCCGAGCGGCCUCUUGCUGCCCGAGGGCGAGGGGCUGCUGCUGGGCAGCUCAGCCAGCGACCCCCUGGAUCCCGAGGGCCUCGACUCGGACGAGAAGGUGCUGACCCAGCUUCAGUCAGUGCCCGUGGAGGAGCCCCUGGACUUGUAAGAGGCUUGACGGUGGGGCGUGAGAUGGGACCAGGGCGCCACCUCCUGGGGGAGGUCUCGGCUCCUCCGUGCCUUUGCUGCCCCCGGUGCCUCAGAUCCAAACUCUCAGACAUGUGUAGAGCCCUCGCCCCAGAUCCUGCUGCCAGGGGGCCUGGCGCUGCGGGCGCCUGAAAGGCUCUGGGAAGUUGGGCGGUGCCAGAUCCGUGGCUGCAUCUGGGGGGUGCCAUGACCAAACACUACAAUUCCAAACUUGGGAGGGAAUGUGGCUCUGGCCAGGCAAGCGCCAAGCCCCCAGGAAGCGGGUGUCAGCUGUUGUGGCUUAGAGCGGGCAGGAGAAAAGCAGGCAUUAAUGGGCUGCAGGAUCUCCCCCUGCUCCUGCCCCCUCUUUCCUAGAAACACUAAGCGUCUUCCCAGAGCAGGGUUUGGGAGCCGCACGGCGCAGGGGGGUCUUGGUGCUAAGGGAGCAGGGUUUCUGGGGCAGCUGCUGAUCAGACCCCAGGUCUCGUCGGUCGCUGCAGGAACCACUGACUUGUUUUCUGGUGGAAGAAAAUUCUGGGGCCUGGGGCCCUGCUCCUCUGUCCUGCCCUGGGGUUCCCCAUCGUCCUUCCCAGCCACGCUUCUUGUGGGCCCUGGGGGGCAGUGAAUAGCCACACCCCCAAUCUGCCCUCUAUGCCAGCUCCCCAUGUGUACGGGGCAGGAAGUAUCGGGGUCACUUUUGCCCUGGUUAGGCUGCCGGAGUGACGCCAGUGGGGCUGCGUGUGAAUGUGAAGAAUGAAAUCCAAAGUCAUCCCUAAUUACUCCCCCGAAUUUCACAGUUCCCCCCUUCCACUCCUAGACACUACAAACUAGCUGACCUGACUUCUUAUUUUUUACGUGAAAGAAUUUUUAUCUAUAUAUAAAAAUUAUAUAUUUUUAGAAGGAGCAAAUCCUGCUGCGUAAUUCCAGCGUGCCUGGGACCGUCACCCCGGGGUGCCUCGCCCCACCUGUAUUUAAUGGUCUCACUGUUUUUUGAAUCGCUCUUCCAGCAGGAGGAUAAACACCCCACAAGCUGAACCUUUUAUAUUAAAAAAUAAAGUGCAUUUAACUUUUGUAAACCUUCACUACGUCGGAGCAGUGGCCACUCCUGCCUUGGCCAGCCGAGGCCGCGUUUCCCGCCAGCCUGGUGGGGUUAAUUAGAGGGGGUACAUAGGACUGGUUGAAGGCUUUGGACUCCCCGAAAUCACACUACAGAGCGACUGGAGAGCCAUGUUGGUACGGGGUCCUCUCCACACACGAUGCCUGGGUUCCAGAUCUACCGCAGGACAGGAUCCCUCCCCCUGUGGAACAACCAGGUUCUAGAUCCACAGCAGAGUGGGACCCCCAUGUCCCAGAUCCACACCAGAUCAGAUCCCAGCCGGAUGGAGUAAUCAGGUUCUAGAUCUGUGCCAGACUGGGAUUGCUGCUCCAUGGAGUAACUGGAUUCUGGUGCCACACUGGAGUGGGAUCUGUCUGCCACCAUGAAGCUGUUGGGUUCUAAAUACACAUCAGAAUGGGAUCCCUGCCCCAUGGAGUGCCCAGUUUCUAGACCUACAUUGGGAUAGAAGCUUUCCCCUGCCAUGGAGCUACUGGAUUCUAGAUCCAUGUCUUGAUGGGAACUCUGCCUCGUGGAGUAGCCAGUUUCUUGAUCCAUGGCAAUAUGGGAUCCCGCCCCCACAAGAAAACCACCAGGUUCUAGAGCCACACUGAAACUGGAUCCUCCACAGUGCAACUGGAACCACAUCAUAAUGGGUUCCCACCCCAUGGAGCUUCCAGGGUUCUAUAUCAUCAUCUGAAUGGAUCCCAGCUUCAUGGAGCUUCUAGAUUCUAGAUCCACACUGGGAUGGGUUCCCACUCCUUGGAGCAGCUGGCUUCUCUUGGACCCACCACGGAACAAGCUGCUCUUUGUGGUUUUUCAGUCUUUGUCAUCUUCUGGGACCGGCUCCCCUGUCGUCCUCUCCUCUUCCCCUGUUCCUCAUCCUCGAAAUCCAGAGCUUCCGUUGUGACUCCUCAAAGUUGUCCUCACUGUGGUGCCCAUGGGCUCCUGCACCCUGGCCUCCCAUGAGCCUUCUGGAUUUCUCUGCCUGUUGAAGACAAACAAACCGAGGGCGGUCAGCUCUGUCUGGAAAGCCAGAGGGGUGGCACCAGUGGUUCCUCUCCUUCCCCCUCCACCUGUGCACUAUGGUUAUGUGCGGAGGGACCCAGACUGGACACUUGAAUCUUGGGGUGCUGCCUUCUGUCCCACCCUUCCCCCAGCUCCUCUCACCAGGUACUAGUGCAUCUCACUAUUAUUAUUUUCACCAUUUUGCUACAAUUUUUUUUUUUUUUGUGAGGAACAAUCAUUUCUACCCGAGAUUCUUUUUUUUUUUUUUGAAGAAGCUUCUGUCAUCGUCCCUGUACAUUAUUAUUGUUGGGUUUUUUUUUUUAACGUAGUUCUCUGCGUGUCUGUUUGUCCGUCCAUCCAUCCAUCCUGGUACUGUAUGAAAUUUGUAUAUCCAUAAAUAUAUCUAUAUUCUAUAUAA